AACCGAAUGUCGAGUCUCCCGAGAUUUACCCCCCUUUUAUCCUACCUCGGUGCUAUUCACGCAAAGUGCCCUCGACAGUCAUGUCGCCCUGCGAGUAUAUAAGAGUGUCCCAACCACAUCUACUUUCCUCAUAUCAGCAACGCUUAACUGAAACAUACCAGCCAUGUUCCGCCUCACCUCCUUGAGUGCUUCCAUCGUCGCCUUGACCCAAAUCGCAAAUGUCGCUGGUCAUGGUGGCGUGCUGCUUUACGAGAUUGGGAGCACCUGGUACAACGGGUUCGUGCCGUACAACACCCCAGUUGGCCAGUCCACGAUCCAGCGUGAGUGGGACAGCUACAACCCCAUUACCGACCCCACCGAUGCGCAGCUCUCUUGCAACAUUGAUGGUGCCAACCUUGGUAGUGGUCAACUCUCAGCUACAGUAGCAGCUGGCACGCAAGUCACUGCAUUCUGGAACCAAUGGCCUCACACUAUCGGGCCCGUCAUGGUUUACAUGGCAAGCUGCGGAGGCUCUUGCACUUCUGCGAACACAGCCGAUCUCAACUGGUUUAAGAUCGAACAAGCCGGUCUCAUCUCUGGUGCCCUCCCCACUGGUACCUGGGCCAUGGGCGAACUUGUUGCCAACAACAAUUCCUGGACUACUAACAUCCCGUCCUCCUUGGCUCCUGGCGAAUACUUCAUCCGUCACGAGUUGCUUGCGAUUCACACCGCUAACCAGCCUCAAUUCUACCCCGAGUGCGCCCAGCUCAUCGUAACUGGUAGUGGUACCGCGACGCCCUCUUCGGAAUACCUGGUCAAACUCCCUGGUGCCUACUCUAUGAGCGACCCCGGUGUCAACAUUGAUAUCUACAACGAGCCAACUGUCACUAACUACACCAUUCCCGGACCUGCCGUCUGGCCCGGCAACUAAAGUGACAAGCGUUUUAUGGUUUUAGGUUUGCAGUCGAUGAAAGUGAUUUCCCAUUCAUGUUCUUGUUGUAGUGCUUGUUUGUAAUAAAUGCAUAAAUGUUUAUUUUCUUCCUGAA